CCUGCACAACACGGGUAAAAGUUACUACACAGGCAUCUACCGAACCCACCUCCGGUGUCUCUGCCAGUGGGCCGUUUAGCACACAAGAACCAUCGAAAAACAACAACUGUGAAAAGUAGCCUACCCAAGACUUGAGUUGGCAUAUCUGUGAGACUUAACCGUUAAGUUAACGUCAACGGGGACAGGAACUAGAGCGCUGGCGCGAAGGCAACAUGAAGCUAAUCACGGAAUCUGACUGAGUUCCAUCUUUCCCUCUCGAACAAGACAGUGGUGGAUGACCAUGAGCCAGUCCACGGAGGGUGAGGGCAGUGGCUCUGCCCAGCCUGCUGCCAACUCUGGGUCCCAGUAUGCGCUGUGUGCGCUGGGCGUAGGCCUGGUGGCGCUGGGCAUCGUGAUGAUCGUGUGGAGCGUGGUGCCCGUGGACGGCUCGUCCAAUAGCAGCCGGCCGGGGCUGGACGCGCAGGGACGCACCUCCUCCGUAGCCUUCGUCCUGGUGGGGGCCGGCGUCACCAUGCUGCUGCUGUCACUCUGUCUGGGCAUCAGGAACAAGCAGCGGCGUACAGGCCAGGAGAACCAGGGACUGCCCUCUGCCUACAACCCACAGGCCUCUAUGGAGGACUCUGCUGAUGUACUGGAGGAGCGCUUCACAGUGCCCAGCUAUGACGAGGUGGUUGGCGGCAGCGCCCCGUUCCCUGAUACGCCCCCUAGUGGCCGCACCAACAGCGCGUCGCAGCUUCCCUCCUACGAGGACGUGCUGGACGGAGGCCAGGUGGUGGUGAACGUCCCGGCCCCUCCCAGCGCUGCCAACGCGGCAUCGAGCGCAGUUCCCUCGGGGGCCAGCGGGGGGCGCUGGAACGGGCGCGCGGCGCGUAAGCUGCUGCCGCUGAAGAUCCGGCGCAUCAAGAGCGAGAAGCUGCGCGUCAAGAGCGCCUCCAGCGCACCCAACUCCCCGCAGCCCGUCGCCAUCUUCAGCAUCGAGCCCCUCACCCCCCCGCCGCAGUACGACGACACGCCCCCCCAGCUCUGAUUGGACACCUACGGACACGCCCCCCAGCUCUGAUCGGACAUGUGCGGACACACCUCCUCAGCUGUGAUGGACACGUACGGACACACCCCCUCAGCCCUGAUAGACAGGCAUGGACACGCCCCCCUCAGGUCUGAUAGACAGGCAUGGAAACAGGGCAGUGCAUUCUGGGACGCCAAUGGAGGUGGAGCUGCCACUCUUCUCAUAGUGGGAGCCCUCUCCUGGCCUGCCAUUGGCUGAUUCUUGAAAAGGCGGGCCCACCGACAGAAGAGGGUGUGGCUAAAUGAGCUGCUGAUGGUCAUUAACCUGGAUAUUCCUCUGGUGUGUUUUAGAGACAGACACACACACACGCGCACGCGCACACACACACGCACGCACGACUGGAUAUUCCUCUGGUGUGAUUUAGAGACAGACACACACACGCACGCACACACACACACACACACACACACACACACGCACACACUCGCAUGCCUGCCUAUGUUUUCCUCUGGUGUCUUUUAGAGACAGACUUAUGAAGACACUCACACACACACACACACACACACACACAAACACACUGUGGUUUGGCCGUCUGUGCUGAAUUCCGAAGACAAAAGGACACUGGCUUCUUUGAGACUUAAAGUCUCUCUGUUUGUGAGAAAGAAGAGCUUGGGACUGAGAUUCAAUAAGACUGUGUGUGUGUGUCUGUGUGUGAGAAAGAAGAGCUUGCGACUGAGAUUGUGUGUGUGUGUGUGUUUGUGUGUGAACUAUAGUGAAGUAUAGAGAGCUCAUGACAUCAUGAGUGGGUUCAGUCACAUCAGUGUGUGUGUGUGUGUGUGUGUGUGUCCCAGAUAGUUGGCGGUUCUGUGUGGUUGUCGAGGUGAUGUGGUUAGAGACUUGUGAUUGGUUGAGCGCACAGUGGGGGUCUUUCAUAAGCCAGCUGCAGUAUUCCCUUAGCUCAGGCCCUCUCUGAGACACACACACACACACACACACACAUACACACGUACGCACACAUAACACACACACAUAAACACACACACACGCGCGCACACAAUUAAAAAUGGUUUGGUCUAUGAGCAUGCAAACCCAUUGUGUGUGUGUGUGUGUGUGUGUGUGUGUGUGUGUGUGUGUGUGUGUGUGUGUGUGUGUGUCAGCCAUUGUCUCUUAACGGUUUCAUUCCCGUCUGCUUGAUGCUUGAUGUGAUAUCCAGGGGGAAAAAAACUGGGAGCGAUCACACACACACACACACACACACACACACACACACACACACACACACACACACACACACAUGCACACACUCACAUACUCCAAGACUGUAUGUGAAUAAGAAUUAUCUGUGAAGACACACACACACACACACACCAGAUCCAGCGGAGACUGAGAGAGUGAGUGUGUGUUUUCUGUGAAGACCCUCACCAUUAUCAGGAGAGAUGGGCUGUGAAUGAACAUUCUCUGUAAAGCCACACACACACACACACACACACACACACACACACACACACACACACACACCGACACACAGCAUAGAUGUGUGAGUUAGGGCCGUCUGUGUAGAAACACACAGCUCACCAUUGUACUCAAGGGGGUGGGUGCACCUGGGCUGUAAUCACUUUAACAAGUUUUACACCACACACACACACACACACACACACACACACACACACACGACCUUGAACUGGACUGAUAAGAGAGCCUUGCCUUAUUUGUUACAGGAAGAAGGAACUCUUAAAAUUCCUUCCCCUGAGCUGGUGUUACAUCAGAACAUUUAUACUCAGCUGUGUGUGUGUGUGUGUGUGUGUGUGGCCUUUUAUGUUUUUAUGUUUCAUGUUUUAUGUUCAUGUUGAUAUGACUUACUUCUGAAGGACUAGAGAUGGCAUGUUUAAAAAAAUAACUGACUAACUGAGAUUUAUGUUUGUUUGUCUUUUUUGUUGUUGUUUUGUUUUGCUCCUGGACCCUUUGAUAAAUAAAAGAUAUAUUUGUAUGCAAAGGAA